CGCUUGAUAUAUGUGUCAUCCACGAAGUAGCAUAAUAAUGUUUAGUUGUAUAUUUAUCUUCGCCUUAUCAGUUAUAAGUGUUCAAUCACAUCGAGGAGUGGCACCACCAGCGAGUGGACGACAUGUCUACCAAAACAUCAACGCUUUUGUUGUCACAGAACCUUGUAUACAGAAACCACCACCACCAUUACCAUUACGGUGCAAUGAAAUGAAAUUGACUGAGGCUGUUGCACCAAAAACUGCCCUGCCAGCAACUAAAGUGCCAGUCAUACCAUUUAUAACCGAAUUGCCAACGUGUCCGGAUCUUUGCUUUGAUGACAUUUUAAAGUCACCUUUGGGUUGUUUAGAUCCUAUUUUAGAUGUUUAUGGUAAAGCAGCAGCAAUGCCAGCGACAGAAUUGCCAACGGGACUGCCAAUAGCAUCACGAGUUGCGCGUCUAGCUCUAUCAUCGGCUUUGCCAGGCUGUGAUUGUAACAAUCACUUCUUGGACAGACUGUGCAUACCGCCGCCGUUUAUUUAAUUUAUUUUAUUGUUAU